UAAUGGAUCGGGGCAAAUCAGGGCCGGGCAUACGGGCCACCAAGAAGCAACAGCUAAGCCACCCACAGUCAGAACUGUAUGCCCUCGGUUCGAAAUCUUCCGUCGGUGGUUCGCGUGGUGACGAUGCAAAAUCCCGUGUCGGGGUGAGUGGCGUCGUGUCGGACCGUAAGCGGGAAGCCACAUCCUCGAUGGCACUGGGCAGUGGGGGCGGUCCGGUAGCGGCGAAGAAAAUUAAGCUUUCAUCCGGAGCAAGCGGCUCCAUAGGUGGUGGGAGCGGUACCGGAUUGGGUGGAGUGUCCGGUGUUGGGACGAGCAAAAUAUCAUCCGGAGGGGACAGUUCCAGCUCCAGCAGCAUUCUCGAGUACUGGGAGCAGUGUGCGAUGGAGUGCGAAUCGGUCGAUUUAGCCUCAACCGUACUGUCGGCGAUUGAGCAGCAGGACAGCGACAGUGUCGUGGGCUACAUUUGCGGUGCGAUAAAGCUACUCAUCUCGCCGAAAUCAAAGUCAGAAUCGGUACUAUCACUUUCGCUGCUCUAUUUGGCUCGAUUGCGGCCACACCUAUUUUGCAACGAGACCAUCACAUCGGCACUGAUCGCGGUGUUGAAGCGGGACAGUGGUGGCAAUGCAUUUAAAGGCCGCAACAACCCGACGAUGCACAUACUGGCGUGUAAUUUGCUCGCACGCGGAUACAGCGAUAAGAAACAGUGGCCGGAAAGCUUCAUCCGGACGUACAUUGAUGAUGCGAUCAACGAUCGUGUGUGGGUGGAUUACGAGGAGUGUGCCCCGUUUACCGAUAACAUUGUUGCAGCUUUUGGCACUAAAAUCCCUCCCAAGUGGAUGCUACAGCCGGAACUGAGCACACUGAAUCCAACGACACGCGAUGCCACGCUGCCGGACGAUGAACAUUCCACGGACAGUGGAAUGUUUGGUGAUGCUCUGGGGAAGGAUCCGGAUGCGAAUCCGCCACGAUUUGCGCAUAUGCGCGAGCAACUCGAACGGAUGGUAAUGGAGGCGAUGAAGGACCAGCUGAACCGUCGCCAAGGUCCGGAUUGUUCGACGAAAAAUUUCCUUCGAUAUCUUUCGCUAACGUGCGGCAUCCUGGAGGUACGAGCGUUUGUCGUGCCACGGUUGGAAAUGUGGAUACACAACGGGAAGCUGGUGAAACCAGUCCAGGAAUUGUUAACCUUCCUGUGCUACAACGUAACUGGCCAAAGCCCGAAAGAGCACGAGGUACUGUCGAAUCUGGCCAAAGUGCGACUGAAAUCGAAACCACUCAUCAACAUCUUCAUGAUUGGGCUGAAGGAGAUGAUCAACUGUCAGCCGGAAAUUCUUACACCACUCCUCAAGUACGUCGUACAGAACGAACUCUCAAACGCACGCAACCCGAACAACAUGGGCAUGCUGGCGAUGAUGUUCCAAACGAAACCGACCGAAUCCGCCGCAAACUUGGCCGAAAUCUACCAGGAGUUUCUACUCCAGCGGGAAGACGUUUUGCGUACGUUACGCUUUUUCCUGCGCGAACUGGUGAAGAUGCUACGGUACGACAUCAAUCUGACCGUGUUCUGUAAGGUAUUGCUACAGAACCGACCGGAUCUAACUCCGCAGAUCGCUACCUCAGAGUUUCGCGAUCGAAUCUUCCACUCGAUCGUCGAUCUCGUCUGCUUGUGCAUGUUUCUGUCCGUAUCGCCCCAGAUACGUGAAGCGAACGUUUCGAUCCGUAGUGGCCGCGAGACAAAAAGUUCAACCGCACUGAGUGCGUUCUAUCAGCAGCAAUCGAUCAUACAGGAUCAGGCACUCGCCUGGAUGAAGGAUAUCGUGCCGCGUGUUUAUAAACCGAUCGCUGCCAGCGAUUAUAAAGCGGCCCUCCAUAAGCUGCUCCUGUUGGAUUCACCGGAAGCUUACGCGAAAGGUGAUCAGUGGCCACCGGAACCGGAACGUGCGCCACUUCUUCGUAUGGUGUCGGAAAUACCGCUGCAAGAGAGCUUAAUGCUGUGCAUCCUGUUGAUUGGCAUCGAAAAGGAAAUUCCGUUCUCGAUACAGGACACCAUGGAGAUAACGGAGCAGUUGGUACGUAGGGCCGGGUCUCUACGGCACAUGGAUUACCCACCGCUUGAAAUUACCGAUUUAAAAAUUAUCGAGCUACUCUUCAAAAUGUCCGAGUAUCACCAUCCGGAUAAUAUCGUUUUACCGCUAAACUACGAGCCACCCAAUCUAGCCAUUUCCUCACUGUACUGGAAGACUUGGAUAAUCCUGCUACUCAUCUCGGCCCACAAUCCGUCCUCGUUCGGAUCGUUCUGCUGGGAACAGUAUCCGAUGCUGCGGCUUCUAAUGGAAAUGUGCAUCACGAACCAGAUUGGACCUCCAAAACCUUGCGAAGAAGAACUUUCCGUUGCAGCGCUCGAAAAGGCGCAAAUUCUUGAGUUUGAAAACCAUCUCGCUUCGAACCCGAUCACGGAGCAAAACAGUUUGCUACUGUCGCAGCUAAUACUGAUGGAUCCGCGUGGUGUCGCACGCCGUCCACCGAAUCCGGUGCUGGACCAGAUACAGCAGCUAAACGUCAGCCACCGGCUAGGACAUUUGUUGUGCCGCAGCCGUAAGCCGGAUCUUCUGCUCGAGAUUAUCCAACGCCAGGGAACGUCACAAUCGAUGCCUUGGUUGGCGGAUUUGGUACAAAACUCCGAGGGUGACUUUAAUCACCUUCCGGUACAGUGUUUGUGUGAGUUUUUGCUGGCGAACUCCGGAUCGGCAAUUGUUGAAGCGAGUCGCGAAGCGGAACUGUUGCUUUAUCUGCAGCGUGUCCUUCAGGACGAAACUGGCGAACAUCAGAUGAUGAUCGGCGAAGUAUUGGAGUAUUUCCUGCGUCGAUUGUCCUCCUUUUCGAGUGCUUCCCGUCAGGCAGCUAUACGUGGGUUGAAGCUGCUGCUGAAAGUUUUCCAGGAAGAACACGACCCGGGUGCAACCGUACCGAUCGAGGCGAACAAUGGCGAUUGGUUGCUACGCUAUCUGCCGAUGAUACCACACUUUCCGUACGUUCGACCGAGCGUGAUCGUGCAGCUGCGUGCCGCAUGUCAGGUGGAAAACAUCCCGGAACUGGUGAUGGUGUACAUACAGUUCGUGGCGGCCCACAGUGCGAUGGAUGGCGAGGAAGCGAUGCUGGAACACGUGAUGGACAUGUCACAUCUGAUCGUGGAGCGUACGACCGUUUUUGCGAACAUUAUUCCGACGCUGGCGGAUCCGAGCGAGCAGCGCAUCCAGACACUUAACUGUUUGUUCGUGAUGUUCAACAACUUCCUGAUCAAGCUGCGAGAUGCGAAGGUUAUCCCGCAUGCAUUUACCGAGUAUCCGGACCUGUUGCUGGUACAGUUCGCGGAUGAAAGCCAGUGCCACAUCCAUCUGAACAUCAUCCAAGCGUUCGUAAUACUGUUGACGCAUUCGUCGUUUAUUUCUGUCGCUGGACAAAUUCUGGACUAUUGGUUCCCGGAAGGAUCACCACCACCGCAAGCAUUUACGGUGGAUGGAUCCGAGCCGGUUUGUAUCCUGCCCGACUGGUUGAAGCUUAAGAUGAUCCGUAGCAAUGUCGAGCGACUUGUCGAUGCAGCCUUGCAAGGACUAACGCCGGAUCAGAUUGUACUGUUCGUGCAGAACUUUGGAACACCGGUGAGCUCCAUGUCGAAACUGUUGGCCCUUCUCGAUCGGGCUGUGAUUGUGCAGUAUGAGGCGGUAAAUGCGGCCAUCCUGAACAAAAGCUAUCUAGCGCAGCUGAUCGAAAUACAGCAGGCCCGCGGUGCAAAGAAUGGACACAUUUCGGUGGAAGCUUUGGAGCUACUCCCGCAACAGAUGGCUACCAGUUCAGCGGCGGACCAGAAACCGAUAUCGGUAGAUGAAGAAAAGGAAACGAAACCGAUCGUUGCACCAACGCUGGAAGGAAGCGUAAUGGAAUCGUAUCGAAUUGAUCUACUGCCUUCAAGUUCGUCCGCCGAUUUAAGACGUUCUGUGUCGUGCGAUGCAAGACCCGCAUCCGGCUCAAAAACGAAAGAGAUCGAAGAGGCGAUCGAACUGCUACUAACAACCUCGCUCAAGCUAAAUCGCAUUGCCAUGGGCAAGUACCGGAAGCUUAUUCAACGUUUAAUGAACUCUUCGUCUAAAUCGCAAGAAUACGCGGCAAACAAAUCAAUAUCCUAUCUGGGACGUCUGCUAAAAAACCCACAGGGCCAGGGAUUGAUAAAGGGAUUAACACAAAACUCGCAAGUGGUGUGUUUCUUCCGUGCGCUGCUUGAAACACCGAUCGAAAAGUUCGAAAAUCUCAACUACAUGCUGCACGUGGUAGAUGAGAUUAUACGAUUGCUUAAUCCGACGUCCAAUAAGGUCUUGCUGGAAGUUCUCGUCAGCAAGCGCACACAGAUGAUUCGUUUGGCGCAGAAAGAAGCCGGUGGUAUAUCGACUGGAGCAAGCGUAAAGCAAGAACUGGCGGGGCCGACGACGAGUAGUAGUGCCUCAACAGCCUUUGGUGGAGAGCUGCUGGAGGUCCUCUCAACGACAAGAACUGCUGAUGUAGAGCGAAAAGGCAUGCAGCAGCUAUGGCGAACGAGCCGAGAUACACUUAUUAGUGUCGCUGCGACAAUGCUGAAAGACACCGGACCAGAUUCGAUUGAAGCGAAAAGAGUGCUGGAAGGCAAUAAGUGUGGUUUGCUCGUCGAUUGGGUCGCUGAUGCCGAUUCGGAACUGAUAUGCGUUAACAAGGAGCAGCAGAUGGAGCUUCUGUUUAGCAAAAGCUUAUCGAACUCGCGCCCGUAUCUUCUUUCCCUGAUGUCGCAUCAAGCUAGUUGGACCACCCUGUACCAAACGGUUGACCUGCUAAUGGGAUCCUUUAACCCUGCGUACGAUCCUUCCUCGGUAUUGGAUUUUGUCCACACACUAACCCGCAAUCCAAGACUCUGGCAGGGGCGAGAUAAAGCGAAACAGAACCACACUGAGUACAUAGUAUCGCUAAAUGUAGUGCAAUCCUGCACCUUGAUCGAUUAUAUACUGGCAGAAGAGACAAGUGCCGAAAUGGGCGAGGGCAUCCAACCGGUGCGCCGUUUGAGUAAACGCGUGAAGCUGCUGUUGCAGUGUUUACCGAGCAAAUUCGCGAUGCUUCCGGGCAUUGUGACGUACGUGCAGCAGGGCGAGAUAUCUUCAGCUGCUAAAAAGUUUCUCCAACAACUCUACCUUAACUUACCACCGAUGAAGUUUAUCCUGCCGAACUUACGUACCGACAUAUAUGAAUCGGAUAUGCGUAACGAGGCCGGUGGCUGUGUGGCGGACAAAAUUAUCUACUACAUCAUUACGGCGAUCGCUUGCUUGACGAAUCCACGCGACUUUCAAACGAUGUCGGCCGAGAUGGAUUUGCUCGUGCGGAAGCUUGCCGCAUCGCAUCCGGCCCUGUUUAUGAGAGAACUUUCCGUGCUGUCCACCCUGUUGCAAGGGCGUGCCCAUAUGGAUCUGCAUGUGCUACGGUCGGAGUAUCACUUUCAUCUGUUUCAUCAGGUGAUGGGAAUUUUGGAGUUGCUGGCACCGGUCGUCUUUCGCGAUUGUUAUCGGGCAGGACUUCGGAACGGGUUGGAUUGUUUUUUCCAGCUGUUGAAACAUCACGGCACGUUUAAGGAAAGCUACACACUCAUCUAUCGGUUUGUUGAGUUCCUGCAGGCAUACAUUGGGGCGAAUCCUGUGACGGCGAUUGCGUUCGUGGAGCAGUACGCCGAUGUGCUGAUUGAUCUUGCCCAUCAGCACUUUGAUCUGCAUGCCCUGCAGCAACUAGUGCAAGGGCUUUCGAUGUUGCGGCACACGGGAGCGUCCACAAGGAAGCAUUCGGUGGGAAUUCUUUCUGAUCUGGAUCAGCUCGCAGCAAGUGCUGCUUCAUACGAAGGAAAGGGAGAUCGAAUGAUUGCAGACGGUGGAGGAGGUGAUGCUUUGUGCAAGCUGGGAACAAGUUCUGGAAGAGCUGCGGUAGGACUUAUGCUGGCACCAGCCAUCAAGAACGAUAUUCUUCCGAAUCACUGGAACGAACUGGUGGCUGUACUACGGUCGAGAGACAUUGAUGAAGCUUCCGUACCGUUGAUGGAGUUGGACGCCCUUUCCGUCAAGCGACCGGCACUGCUCGAAGACAUCUUUGACGAUGUGAUCCGGUUCGUGCAGCAUCCUUCACCAGCGAUCCGUCAAAUGGCACACAAUCUGGUGACGCGCUGGCUUAAGCAAAGUCCGGGGAAUAUUAGCACCAACGGAACGGCACUGACAGCGUUCGUCCAGUGUCUUAACCACGAGGACGUUGCUGUGGUACACAGUGCGCUAGACAAAACGACCGAGUACACACUCUGCCUGCAGGAGCAUACGCCACAGAUUCUGAGGGCGGUCUUCGAGUUGGGAAUCGGAAGCCGGAUCAACACGUACAACGCACUGCGACGGUGCGUUCAGGCGCUGAAGAAGCAGCACGCAGCUUAA